AUGGCGCGACGACAAAAAGCAAAAAGAGCCGCAGCAGCAGCUGCAGAAGCCAAAAUUAAGAACGAUGUUGAAGCCAUCAACAUGACAGAAGGAAAAGCCAAGCGUCGUAUGUCCUCCAAGUCUCGAGCUGCACACAAAGGCAACAAUAACGCUAAAGAAGAGCCGAAAAAAGAGCGUGACGAGAAGAAGAAGAAGGCCUCUGGCAUCGAUCCAGAAAUUUUCCCUCCAAACCAAGAGGACGCGUCGUCUUGUGAGUGGACCCAAGCACCUUCGGAUCCCUCCAGCGCGGAAGAAGAAGACGAAGCAAUGGAAGCUCACGAGGAGCACAUGCGACGUCGAGCACUUCGCGAGGUCCAUAGUAACCAGCCCAUGCGUCUUUCUCGACGAAGUUCCUACCGAAUUUCACGUGGCCGUGUUGACACCCCAGUGUAUUCGCCAAUCUAUGCCACCCAACUCAAACUAACUCCAGACGCCGAUGCAUCUUGUUUGCAAGACGAUGACUCUCUCUAA